GACAGAUCGGUCUCAUCAUGAACAACAGAUUAAACCUGUGCUUUUUCAUUCUCUCUUAUAUGUGUAUGUGCUUGUCUGCGCAAUAUGUACCACCGUUCACAGAAGAUUGCAGAAGUGGCAUGUAUCCUCCAAAUGGCCCCACAUUUAAAGGUGACGUGUCCUGGUACACUGUUGAUCUGGAUUUACCAGCAAGCAAAAGAUGGACAGAUGUUAUUUCAGACAAGAAGACUGAGAUGGCGAGCAUGAUUCAGGCCAUCAGAGAUCUAGCAGACGCCUUUGUUCCCAGCGGGAAGCUCAUUCAGCUGGUGGACAAGGACUUGCCGUUAAUGGUGGACACUCUGCCGUACCCGUUCAAUGAGGAGAUCCGGGGAAUCGCGUCUGUCUCUGGUGUUCCUCUGGGAGAGGUGGUGCUCUUCAACAUAUUUUAUGAGGUGUUCACUGUCUGCACUUCUCUGGUUGCUGAGGACGUCAACGGCAAUCUCAUCCAUGCAAGGAACCUGGACUUUGGACUGUUCAUGGGAUGGGAUUUAAAGAACAGGUCUUGGGUCAUCACAGAGAAGCUGAAGCCUCUGGUUGUCAACAUAGACUUCACGCGAAAUGGCCAGACAGUCUUCAAAUCCACCAAUUUUGCAGGAUAUGUCGGGAUGUUGACCGGCAUUCAUCAGAACUCGUUCACUCUCACUAUGAAUGAGCGAUUCAGUCUGGAUGGAGGAUACAUCGGGAUUCUGGAGUGGAUCUUGGGAAAGAGAGACGGCAUGUGGAUGAGUUUCCUGACUCGCUCAGUGCUGGAGAAUGCAACUAGUUAUGAAAGUGCCAAGGCUCUGCUGUCUGAUACUAAGCUGUUGGCUCCAGCCUACUUUAUCCUGGGGGGAAACCAGUCGGGUGAAGCCUGCAUUAUAACCAGAUCCAGAACACAAAACAUCAGCCCGCUGGAGCUGAAUGUGAAGAACGGCAGGUGGUAUGUGUUGGAGACGAACUAUGACCAUUGGAAAGAGCCUCUGUUUUUGGACGACCGCAGAACUCCGGCUAUGAAAUGCAUGAAUCAGACCACACAGACUAAUAUCUCAGUAAAGACGGUUUAUGACGUUCUGUCCACUAAGCCAGUCUUAAAUAAGUUGACCACAUACACUACUCUUAUGGAAGUUUCUAAGGGAACACUGGAGUCUUUUAUUCGUGACUGUCCAAAUCCCUGCAUGCCCUGGUGAAGAACUCAAGACCAUAGUACACUUCUGCACUCUAUCUGAAGACAGCAAAAUAUGAUGAAUGUGAGUGUCUCUGUUUAGGAAGGGAAAUAAUUCUAAUUUUAGCACUGUUCAAAUCAGCAGUCUUACAUUUUAAAAGGUUUGCAACAUCUGAUUCAGAAUCACAUGAGCUUUGUUGGGUAUAUAAUCAAGCUUAACCUGUCAAACAGGUAGAACAGCUUAUUUAACACAGGUCUAAGGAUGUGUUAUCAAACAAAAUGCACUGAGAAUGUUUAUUGCGCAUGACAUAUUGUACAUAAUUUUUAAUCAAAUUUUUUUUGGAUGUGAUUGUAUCUUUUUUGUUGUUUUUGUAAUGAUAUAUUAGCGUCUGGAAAAUACAAGUAGAACAUAUUUCAACUUGAUAAUCAACACUACUGGUGCCUUAAUAAUAAAUCAUUGACCAAAA